AGUAUCAACCGAAACUUUUCGAAAUAGUCUUGUCUUCAGACUGCGAACAUCCGGUAUCAUCUCAACGACCGUUAUCAUACAUUAACCGGCAAACAAACGACUAUAGACCAAAUAUAUCGAACUUUUUUCUCGAACGUUCUCUCUGGAAAAGCGCGCGAAUCGUAUUUUAUUCGAACUGACAUUUUGUGUGAUGUGAGUUUGGUGGUGUGAACGUGGAAGCUACUGAUAAAAUUAAAUGAUCUUCGAGAAUGGUGGUGAACAAGUUCACAAUGCCCGCACACCCCAAUCUGAGCACCAGACGAUUCUUUCUCGAUAGAAAGAUGGCUACCGACUUUCAAAAUGAUCAUAAUGCGAACGGCAACGAACCGAAUAUGCUGAAAAAACAUUUACCCUCAAGGGCCAUUGUCACCACGACUUCACAGUUGCAGACGAAUUCUCAAACAACUUCGACCACGACUCGAGUCAAAUCCUCCAGCUCCUCAACGACCACAUCCACACAGAGGUUACGACUAGCCUCUCCUUCCGACCUUAAGGCAGAUAAUAUGCGAAGCGACUUGGUCGAUUUCAAGAACAACAUGAACGAUAUGAAAAACAGCCUUUCCGGUUACCAUCAAUCCGGCUACCGAUUGCCCGACAACCUAAAGAAAUUGACCAGUUCGUUGGAUAACUUGGUUAGUACCAGCUACAAAUACCCCUGUCCCGCAAAAUUAAACGUGAACAACGAUGGCGAUUCCUUGGAGGAUAUUUCGCAACCGGUAGUCACUUAUCCUGACGAGAGUAUGUCUCCGUCCGAAGCGGGUUCUCCCCAACCAAAUAAUGCCAUAAAUAAUGUGGAAAGUUUGAAAUUCGAACAGAAAACAACGAAUAAAAAGACAAAGGUGAUUAAAGAUGGGUUGACGGCAGAAAAAGAAAGCACGAAGCACGCAGAAAUGAAGAAAAUACAAGCAGGAGAUUUAACGUAUGAAGAAAAUAAAGCCGCGGCAGCCACUAGAGCUAGGCUAGAAAUUGACGGAAUAUCAGCAGAGAAAAGCCAAAUAAAAGCAAAAGAGGCGCGCAGCUUGAAGACGGGUGACGUGAGCCAACAGGAAUCGAAGAAUUUGGCCCACACGAACCUAAAACUCACCACGGACAAAUUCAGCACGGAAAAAUCGGCCACCGAAUCUCAACAACAAUCGCAAACCAUAACAGCUAGCGGAAUCUACAAUCAGGAACAGCACAGCAGAAGCAGUAGUACUGCGGUAUAUUCAACAUCGUCGAAAGGGAUUAGCACAUCAUCCAAAAUGCUUACACAGUUUCACGAACUUAUGAACGGAAAUCCCGAAGACGAAAUUUUAUACACACCAUUAGACGAUCUGGAACAACUUUCCGCUGGCUCAAAUUAUGCAGACGUAGAAAGGGCUAUUCACAAAUACACAACUUAUCUUGAUAAAUCAGUUAAAUGUAUCCAAGAAGCUACCAGCAAUCCUAAGGCACCUCAAAUAUUGGACAAAAUGAACGAUGUGAUUAAAACUGCGUGGGCAGUACCCACUUACGGUCACGAAUUAGGGUACACUUUGUGUAACGCUUUAAGAAAAUGCGGAGGAUUAGAUUUGCUUUUAAACAACUGCACCAAUACAAAUAACGAUUUACAGUUUCACAGCGCUAAGCUGUUGGAACAAUGCUUAACCACAGAAAAUAGAGAUUAUGUUGUAGAACAUGGACUUGACAAAGUUGUUAAAGUAGCUUGCGUUUGCAUUAAAAACACCAACUCUGUUGAUCAUUCUAGAGUAGGUACUGGUAUUUUGGAACAUCUGUUCAAACACAGCGAAGAAACUUGCAGUGACGUAGUAAAGCUCGGUGGUUUAGAUGCCCUCUUGUUCGAAAUCAGAAAGAAAGAUGUGGAGACAUUACGACACUGCGCUGGUGCCUUAGCCAACUUAAGCCUUUAUGGUGGCGCUGAAAACCAAGAGACUAUGAUCGAACGAAACGUACAGAUGUGGCUGUUUCCCUUAGCCUUUCACACUGACGAUAACAUUAAAUAUUACGCUUGCCUUGCCAUUACCGUACUGGUAGCUAAUGCCGAAAUAGAAGCCGUAGUUAUUCAAUCUGGUACUUUAGAUUUAGUAGAACCCUUCGUUACCAUUCACAAUCCUUCUCAGUUCGCAAAAUCAAAUUUAGCACACGCUCACGGACAAAGUAAAACGUGGUUGAAGCGAUUAGUACCAGUAUUGAGCUCAAAACGCGAAGAAGCGCGGAACUUGGCAGCUUUUCACUUCUGCAUGGAAGCAGGAAUAAAAAGACAGCAGGGCAACACAAACAUUUUUCAAGAAAUCGGCGCUGUCGAAGCCCUGAAAAAAGUUGCCAGUUGUCCUAAUGCUGUAGCAUCGAAAUAUGCAGCUCAAGCUUUAAGACUAAUCGGGGAAGAAGUUCCCCAUAAACUCAGCCAACAAGUGCCCCUCUGGUCCUCUGAAGACGUUGAACAGUGGGUUAGACAAAUUGGGUUUUCCGAAAUAGUUCCGAGUUUUGUGGAAAGCCGAGUAGACGGUGAUCUUUUGCUUCAACUGACGGAGGAUAAUUUAAAAGACGACAUUGGUCUUACGAAUGGGAUCAAACGAAAAAGAUUCACAAGAGAACUACAAAAACUCAAAAGAAUGGCAGACUAUACGUCUAGAGAUUCCGCAAACAUAAACAACUUUUUACAAUCCCUUGGACCAGAAUUCUGUAUAUACACUUACAGUCUAUUAAAUGCCGGCAUUGAAACUAAAGAUGCUUUAAGAAACAUCUCCGAAGAUCAGUUGCUGAACGAAUGUUCCAUUUGCAAUUCCAUUCACAGGUACAGAAUCAUGGAAGGCAUCAGACAGUUAGAAAAUAGAAUAGGCAGCGAUCUCAACGAAGACAAUCCUGACAAAUCGUUAGACGUCUUCGUCAGCUACAGACGAUCAAACGGAUCACAAUUAGCUAGUUUGCUCAAAGUCCAUCUACAGCUAAGAGGCUUUAGCGUAUUCAUAGAUGUUGAAAGGCUAGAAGCCGGAAAAUUUGAUAACAAUUUGUUACAAAGUAUUCAAAAAGCCAAGCACUUCUUAUUAGUAUUGACACCCAAUGCUCUGGAGAGGUGCAAGGACGACCACGACAAGAAAGACUGGGUACACAGGGAAAUUGUAGCAGCUCUGUCAGCUAAUUGUAAUAUCAUCCCCAUAAUCGAUAAUUUCACAUUCCCCGAACCUGACGAUCUGCCAGAGGAUAUGAGACAAAUCUGUCACUUUAAUGCUGUAAGGUGGAUUCAUGACUAUCAAGAUGCAUGUGUGGACAAACUUGAAAGGUUCAUGCGCGGAGAGCUGAACACCAGAAGCAACGAAGGUAGUCUGAUGAGAAUGGGCCUGGGCAAAGGUGACCUAACGCCCGGAACUCCUUCUAAUCCAGCAUUAGUCAGACAGCCACCUAGCUACCAGAGGAUGCACAGCAACGAUUCGGGAAGCGGGAAAGGUUCAGAUAAGGAUAUGAACGGACUUCGGGAUUGACUAGAUGGUCCCACAGUCUCGGUUAAUACUCCCACGCCAAUGCCUAGUUCCUAAUUGUAGGUACUUCAAGGCGGGGAGCCCAUCUCGGAACUGGAUCAUCAAUCCCAAGGCGAACAGAGGCUUGCCUCCUCACUAUCCCAGCCGCAGGGGAUCCGUCACACCCAUUUCCUCCCUAGCCCUCAGCAGCGCACCAGCUACGCCCAAUCGAUCGCGCAGUUUAGAUGGUCUACUCGAUUCCGAAUCGAUGAAAUCCGACGAAAAAGCAAUUCCGUCCGAAGCAGCUGCAGACAGCUGCACCAAUUUCGAUUUUCCCGACAAGGAAGCACAGACUGACACGCACACCAAUCUCAACAAAGUCAAAGCUCACAGCGUGGACGAUGUCCUUGACAGUUCGAUCGAACUGGACAAACAUUCGAUCCGGAGUAAUUCUAGUGAAGCGAAAAGAAAGCAAAAUUUCAUGGAUAGGUGUGUUAACAAAGUUCGAUCUCUUAUCAGAAAAUAAUACACUACGGCAGCCUAAUAUUAUAGAGAGACUUUGAUAUUGUAUAUUUGUUACGUUUUGACAAUUAGUUGUUAUAAAAGUGAUAUAUUUGUUAAUUAGUUUAUUCGUUUAUGGCAACUAAAUUACUUAGUACAAAAACGUGUGCUUUUCUACAGGAUUUGUAAAGCCUUUUGAAACGUGUGAUUACAAAGCAGCCUUGUAAACGUAACUAUACGUUGUCUAUUUUAUGAAAAGUAUUUUUCUUAAUGUAAGUUUGCUAUGUCCAUUCGACCAAACUUAUACCGACUAUUUUAAAUGUGUUUUAACAUGAAAAUUUACUCAUUAUAGUUAUUGUAAUUUAUAUUUAAAUACCACUUGCUUAACUUUUUUAAGUAAGAUACACAAAACGUAUAUAUUUAAUAUAAUAUUUGUUUUCAAUAACUUUACGUUUUUACUAAAUAAAUUACAAAUUAUCUCUUUACUAUUUAAUUUGUAAAAUUAUGUGUGAUCGUUGUAUGAUUACUUUAUUUCAAUCAUAUUUUAUUCAGACUAUUGGUGUUUUAAAGUUAUUGAAAAUAAAUAAUAAAGCAUCAUUUAGUAUAGAUUACUUUUGUUGUAAUCGUUUUUAAUGGUGUUGUUUUUACAUUUUUAACAUUUUAUUCAUGGUAAGUUAAGUAGUAGAUAUAAAUUAUUUUUUUUUAUUUUAUGUUAAAUUUAAAAAUAUAUUUUAUCAAAACUA